UAUUUGAUGCAUAUAUAUAAGGUCACUGCUACGAGGCAUGACAUAGUGUUGGUGAUUUCUUGUUGCAAGUUGAACACAAAAUGGAUCCUCCUCCUAUUCUAACAUCCUCUGAUUAUGCUGCUACCAGUAGUGCUGGUGAAGAAAGGCAUGCAGAAAUCAAGUGGGAUGAGAUUGGAUUCGGUAUAGUUUCAACUGACUUUAUGUAUGUCAUGAAAUGCUCAAAAGGAGAAGACUUUGGAGAUGGAAGCCUCAUUCCCUAUGGAAACAUAGAGCUCCCUCCAUCUGCUGGAAUCUUAAAUUAUGGACAGGGAGUGCUUGAAGGGCUAAAGGCAUACAGAACAAAAGAUGGGAGUAUAGUGCUAUUUAGACCAGAAGAGAAUGCAAGGCGCAUAAAGAUAGGAGCAGAGAGAAUGUGCAUGCCAUCUCCAUCAGUUGAACAAUUUGUUCAUGCAAUCAAGAAGACAGUAAUUGCAAACAAGCGUUGGGUACCUCCAUUUGGGCAAGGUUCACUUUAUAUUAGGCCAUUGCUUUUGGGAACAGGAAGUGUGUUAGGCUUGUCUCCAUCACCUGAAUACAUGCUUCUCAUAUAUACUACUCCUGUCAAGAGUUACCACAAGGGUCCAUUGAACUUGGUUAUUAAAGAUGAGCUCUAUAGAGCAAUUUCUGGCCCUGGAGGAACUGGAGGGAUCAAAAGCAUUACUAACUAUUCCCCAGCUUAUAAAGCAUUGAAUGAAGCAAGGGAAGAAGGGUUCUUUGAUAUAUUAUACUUAGAUGCAGCAACAGGAAAAUUUAUUGAAGAGGUCACCGGAUGCAACAUCUUUGUGGUCAAGGGUAAUAGCAUCACAACUCCAGAAGCAGUAGGAACUAUUCUUCCUGGAAUCACAAGAAAAAGCAUCAUUGACAUUGCCAUUGAUUUGGGUUAUCAGGUAGAGGAACGUGGUGUUCCAGUGGAAGAAUUGUUACAAGCUGAUGAAGUUUUCUGCACCGGAACUGCUGUGGUUAUCAACCCUGUUUUCUCUGUAACCUAUAAUAAAACAAAAGCCAAAUAUAAAACAGGAUCAGGAACAAUAUCUUCAAAAUUGUACGAGACACUAACUGGAAUUCAAACUGGACUUGUUCAAGACAUAAGAGGAUGGACACUCCAAGUUGAUUGAGCAGAGCAAGAAGCAUAUCUGUUAUUUUAUUUCCAAUGUAUCUUUUGAAAUACUACAUAAUGGAGCGUAGGUGAUGUAAUUUAUCUGGUUAUGCAAAUCUAGCAUCGUUACUGUUAUUAUUAUAACAAAACAAUAUAGCUUUUGGAAUUUUUUUUUAA